AUGGAGGGGCCCUGGAACGCAGACCGCACCCCUGACCCCGACACGCGCGGUGGUGGCGGCAGCGGGGGCACCAAAUGCAAAGAAGUCAUUGCUGCCGAGGCACUCUCCCCGUCCCCUUCAGGACCCUUUUCUGCCACGGCGUUUAACCGGAUUUGCGGCAGAGUGCAGAACUCAUUCUCUAGUGGCAAGUCGUUCCAGCUGCCUCGGUGGUGGGAUACGGGCCGGUCGCGUUUUUUGAAGGUGAAACGUGAUGGCGCAACCUACGCCGUUCUGUCGGGCAAAACGCCGUAUGAUGUGGGGUACUGUUUUCGCGUGCGUAGGGAUGAGGGGCAGAGGAAGGCCUUCUUCACGCCGGUGCUGGCGUCUCCCGCCUACGUCUCUGGGCAAGCGGAGAUGGAAACACUGCCUGAUAUUGUGUCACUUGAGCGCACGGCCCUCCGCACGGCGGUGAAAAACAUUUUUGCUGAAGCCAAACACACUGUCACAUCCGAGGAGCUUGACAAGUUAGUUGAGGAACACGCGGAAGAGGGACUGGGGUACCUGACUACUUUGCGCGCGCUGCAUCCAUCCGUACCGCUAGCGUCCACACCGCAGCCGUCAAAGCAGCCACCGCCGAUCGAGAGCGACCCGGCAGCGGCACUUGCCCGAAAUGAAGUGAAUUCGGAGGAUACCUUUCGUCCAGUGGGACAUCCAUGCCCGGAGUGCCGUGAGACCAUGAAAGAGGGCUCUUUUCAAGAGAACGAGGGCAUCAUGCGUGGCACGCCUCAAGCCUCUUGCCCAUUACAAACACCGCAACAACAACAGCAGCAGCGGCGAAGACAGCUUGAGGAUGUGAGCCAAGGUCCGAAGGAGAGUACAGACUCGAAUGGCUUGUGCGGGAUCACCGAAUGUAUGCAUGGCCUGUUGCAGGAAGUCAAACACCUUCGACAGGAGUUUCAAACUGCCCUGAUGGAGAAGGACUACAUCUUGAACAAUAACCGUUACCUUCAGGAAGGAAUGGAAACCCUUCUGAGGGAGCGUGUCGACGUUAGUGAGUGUGUGGAGCGACUACGGGAGGAGGUAGCGCAACUUCGUGAACGCCAGGUUGCUGUCGAGGAAGCGUUUUGCGAGGAACUUUCCCGUUCGCGGAGGGAAAUGCCGGCAGAGCCUGCGGCGGGAGCUGGCGCACAGCCUGUGGCUCUUGAAGAGGUGAGAGAGUCUCUGAAUGCGCAGCGUGAGUCUCGUCGGCAUGUGAUGCAGGUGCUGGAGAAGCAGCAAGACUUAAGUCGGCAGAUGGGCAACUUUGCAGAGGCUCUCUGGGCCUCGCAAGAGCACACAGAGAAGCUGUUGUCCACGCUGGAGCGGCGCGAUCGCCAGCUUGUGGCUAUGCUUGCGGAGGCUACCGGGCUCCGCCAGGAACGACGGCGGCUGCGGGAGAAUACGAGUUCUCUGGACGGCGAUGGGGGGGCAGGAAACCAAGGAAAAACUGCGGGAAGUGAAGUGAGCUCGCAGGACUCGUCGCAGUCUGAGAGUGCGCAUAAGGCGGCGGCUCCCCACGGCGCUAUUCCCGUGAAGGUCGACCAGGCUGCCACUGGGAACAGCAAUAACAAUACCGCGGGCGACGCGGCGGCUGCGCGGAAGUCUUUUGUUCACCGCCACCGCCAAAGCCCCAACCUGAGGGCUAUUCAUCCUGUUGAGUGGCGGCACUCGCGGUGUCCCCCCGCGUCUGGCGACUCGCCAGGCGGCGCAGAGUCUCCUCCCCGUCUGGCCUCUGCGAGGGGUCUGGCAGGCCUGCCGUCGCAGCCGCGUACUCGCACCACGCUGCACACUUCGCGUCCCCGCUCGCCAUACACCGCGCUGGGUUAUACAAAUGAGACGUUUUUCCACAAGCACACACCAGACCGUGGGGUGGGUCUCACGAUUCUGCCUUGCAAGAGGCGCCAGAGUUCGACAGGGCGGGGAUCGCGGCAGCGGCCGUCGCUGAAGGGCAGAACCGAACAGUUGGAACUGCAUCUUCUUUCGCAACCCCCCAUCUGA